AUGGGAAUCGACUUAAACAUGCCAGAUAUGCCAGAGCCUCCAGCUGCUUCUUCUGCUUCAGCAUCUGAAGAUGCUUCCGCCUCCGCUGCUACUGAUUCUGCUCCCAAGGCCGAAGAGCCAAAAGCUAAGGAGGUACCAAAGCCCACAGAAGAACCAAAGACUAAGGAAGAGCCAAAAGCAGAAGAGCCCGAAGAUGUUACUAUGGCUGAACCAGAAGAAAACACAAAGGAACUUGCUGACAAGGCUAAAGCUGAGGGUAAUGCCUUAUACAAACAGAGAAAGUUCGAUGAAGCCAUUGCUGCCUACAAUAGAGCCUGGGAUACCCACAAGGAUAUCACUUACUUAAACAACAGAGCUGCUGCCGAGUUUGAAAAAGGCGAUUACGAUGAAACUAUCAAGACCUGUAACGAAGCCAUUGAACAAGGCAGAGAAGUUAGAGCUGACUACAAGAUCAUUGCUAAGUCGUUCGCCAGAUUGGGUAAUGCCUACUUGAAGAAGGAAGAUUUGGAAAAUGCCGUUAAAUACUUUGACAAGUCUUUAACUGAACACAGAACCCCUGAUGUUUUGAACAAAUUAAGAGCAACCCAAAGAGAAAUCAAAAUAAGAGAAGCAAACUCGUACGUUGAUCCAGAAAAGGCCGAAGCUGCUAGGUUAGAAGGUAAAGAAUACUUUACCAAGGGGGACUGGCCAAAUGCGGUUAAGGCUUAUACUGAAAUGGUUAAGAGAGCUCCGGAAGAUGCCAGAGGCUAUUCCAACAGAGCCGCUGCUUUGGCCAAGUUGUUGUCUUUCCCAGAUGCUGUUGAAGACUGUAACAAGGCAAUUGAGAAAGAUCCAUCUUUCAUUAGAGCAUAUAUCAGGAAGGCCAAUGCCCAGUUGGCCAUGAGAGAAUAUGCCCAGGUAAUGGAAACUCUUAACGUAGCACGUGAAAAGGACUUAGCAUUAGGUGAAGGCAAGAACGUUUCUGAAAUUGACCAGUUGUUCAACAAAGCCGCAUCCCAACGUUUCCAAGCAAUUGAAGGUGAAACUGCUGAACAGACAAUGGAAAGAGUCUCUAGGGACCCGGAAAUUGUUUCUAUAUUGCAAGACCCAGUUAUGCAAGGAAUUUUGGGUCAAGCCAGAGAGAAUCCAGCUGCCUUGCAAGAUCACAUGAAGAACCCAGAAGUCAGCAAGAAGAUCAACAUGUUGAUUGCUGCUGGUGUUAUUCGUACAAGAUAA